CCCGGAAAGCAAGAUAAAAGAGCUACUGCCCCUGCUCCGUAUCGUUGGUACUCGGCGCACUCUUCCAUAUCCACAUCAAUUGCCUACAUCCGUACUUUGUACCAUUCGCCUGUUACACAUACAUAUCUAAGGUACUAUACAUAAAAUCAAUCAACAGGCAGCCCGCCACCAUGCCUCUCACGCUCCAGGUCCCCAAUGAGUACGGCUACGUUCUCCUCGUCGCCGCAUCGACCUUCUUCAUCAACACCACCCACGUCCUCUUGACGAGCAAGUACCGCAAGGCCAGCGGCCUCGUCUACCCAGCUCCCUACGCCUCCAACGAGCAGGCCGCCAAGGACCCCAAGGCCUACCAGUUCAACUGCGCCCAACGCGCCCACGCCAACUUCACCGAGAACCAACCCUCCUUCCUCGGCGCCCUCCUCAUCUCUGGCCUCCGCUACCCCGUCGCCAGCGCCGUCCUCGGUGCUGGCUGGGCCCUCUCCCGCGUGUUCUACGCUUUUGGUUACACGAGCGGCGCCGGCCCAAAGGGCCGCAUCGGUGGCUCCGCCGGGUCGUUCCUCUUCGACUUCGCUCUCAAGUUCACCGCCGUCUACGCUUCUGUUGCCAUGAUCAUGAACUGGUAAAGUCGCUAUUUUGUAAUGGGAGAGGAUGCUCUUAGUACACGAGACCGAUUCUUUGCACUCAUAUCCGUUUUAAAACCAAAACCAGAACCAAAACCAAACAACGUACACGGAGUGCAAUUUCCUGCCGAGGGACUCAAAUGAAUGCCCCCUCCCCUCGCCAAUUUACCGGUUGCCUGAUAAAUAAUCGUUGCGCGCCAACACGAGCAAUCAUGCCUGAAGACUACCCUCCCAAGAAGAAAAACCGUCGCCGCAACGCCAUUAAACUUAACUCGAAUCGAGACACGGACUGCUCUACUUCCUCUUCAGACGUCGAAGCUCCAAACUGCGAUCUGGUUCUUCCGGCGCCGGCGCAGCAGUUCCAAUCGACUUUUCAAUUCCGUUAUUGCCCAGCAGGUAGUCUCCAAAGUACUUCAUUGCACUGAAGAUCUCCUCACCGACAGGUAUGAUGUUGUCUUUAGGGAGCAAGAAGCCGUAGCUUCCGGUGUCCCUCAGCUUGAUCUGGUAGCUGUAAUGUGCGUGCAACUCGUGGUAGAACCAAUCAAUAGCUGAACCGCCGCCUGUCUCGAUGCGUUUGACUCCUGGCUUGAAGCCACGACCUGCCACUGCUCCCUCACACGCCGA